GUCAGAGAACUACGUCAAGCACCACAGAAGCAAACCAAGGGAGCAUCCACAGAGAUCAAUGGUGGGGCGAGAGAAAUUAACUUCAUUAAGUUAAGUGAGUAGGUGGACAGGCUUUCCGCAAAGAUGGCAGAUGAAGAUGAUUAUGAAGAGGUUGUGGAGUACUACAUAGAAGAGGAUGAGGAGGGUGAACCAGGCGAGAUGAUUACUGAGAUCACUGAAACAACAUACAGAACUGGCUCCACACCGUAUACAGUAACAACAACACAUACUUCAGGAACAACCAGUACAGCACAACCUCCGGAAACCAAAGACAUCCCUCACAAGGCCUCCCAUCCUGUCAGAAAAAAAGUUGUACGGAAAAAAGUGGACACAUCUAAAUUUCGGACACCUUACUUGGAUCACAGUUCAAAAAUGCAAAAGCUCUUCAGUGAUAAAAAGUACAAGGAAAAGUUUGAGAAAGAAAAAGGAAAACCAUGUGCAAUAACAGCAGAUACUCCUGAACUUCGAAGAAUCAAGAAAGUCCAAGACCAGCUCAGUGAGGUUAAAUAUCGCAUGGCUGGCGAUACAGCUAGAACGGAUUGCCACAUUGAUGAAAAAGCAAGAGACAUUGAACAUGCAAAGAAAGUUUCUCAGCAAGUCAGCAAGGUUUUAUACAAACAGAACUGGGAAGAAAACAAGGAAAAGUACCUGCUUCCUCCUGAUGCCCCUGAGCUUGUUCAUGCCAUAAAAAAUACAGCCUUAUUCAGCAGGAAACCUUAUGUCGAAGAAUGGGAAGCAGACAAGGCCCUCUUCUAUCCCUAUGAUGACAGUCCUGAACUUAGGAGAGUUGCAAAGGCACAAAAGGCCCUCAGUGAUAUUGUCUACAAAAAAGGACAUGAUGAACAGAAAUCUAAAUACACUGUUCUGCCCGACCCACCUGAUGUGGAGCUUGCCAAGAAAAUUACCCGACAGCUCAGUGAUCAUAAGUAUCAUGAAGACUAUCAAAAGAAGAAGGGCAAAUGGAGCCAAACUCCAGGCUAUGAUGUUGCAAUUGCCAGAAUGAACUCUGACAACUUGAGCACAAGAAAAUACCAGGAAGACUGGGAAGCUAAGAAAGACCAAAUCCACUUCAUGCAGACAGAAACGCCAGAGUAUGGCGUUAAUAAGCGUGCUGGAAUUGCUGCCAGUAAGGUAAAAUACAAGGAAGAUUAUGAAAAAUCCAAAGGUUCAGCAGAUUAUAAUGUACUUCCAGCAACUGAGAAUCCUUUGCUCCGGCAUUUAAAAGCUGCAGGAAAUCUUGUAAAUGAUAGAUUAUAUAAGGAAGCAUACGAGAAAGAAAAAGCGAAGAGUAUUAACUACUGUGAGACUCCAAAGUACCAAGUCGACAAUGUUCUGAAAAACUUCAGUGAUGUGAAAUACAAAGAGCCUUAUGUAACCAAAGUCUUGGGCCGGUACAUAGGCAGCAUUGAGGACCCCUAUCAAGCACAUUGCAUGAAGGUUGAAGCUCUGAAGAGCGACAAAAACUAUAGAGCGGACUAUGAAGACGAAAAGGCUAAAUGCUAUUUUCCUCAAACCAUAACUCAAGAAUAUGAAACCAUCAAGAAGCUGGACACAUGCAAAGAUUUUGCCUACAAAAAGCAUCCUGACCAGAUCAAGUUUACUCCAGUGUUGGACUCCCCAGUUUUGCUGCAAGCGCAGAUUAAUACCAAGCAGCUGAGUGACAUGAACUACAAAGCCAAACAUGAGGCAGAAAAAUCCAGAUGUUCCAUACCUCCAGACGCUCCUUUGUUUCUCCAGUCCAGAGUCAAUGCUUAUAAUAUCAGUGAUAAUUGGUAUAAGUAUGACUGGGAUCAAUCCAAAGCAAAGAAGUUUGAUAUCAAAAUGGAUGCCAUUCCGAUUCUGGCUGCUAAAGCAAAACAAAAAAUUGCGAGUGACGUUGAGUACAAGAAAGGUUACGAAAAGAGCAAAGGGAAGCUUAUCGGAGCUUUGAGUGUCGAGGAUGAUCCCAAGAUCUUACAUUCUCUGAAAGUAGGCAAACUGCAAAGUGAUAGAUUAUAUAAGGAAGGAUAUGAAAAGGCAAAAGGAGUAAGCAUUAACUAUUGUGAGACUCCACAGUAUCAGGUCGACAACACUCUUAAGGACUUCAGUACAGUGAAAUACAAAGAGCCUUAUGUAACCAAAGUCUUGGGCCGGUACAUAGGCAGCAUUGAGGAUCCCUAUCAAGCACAUUGCAUGAAGGUUGAAGCUCUGAAGAGCGACAAAAACUAUAGAGCGGACUAUGAAGACGAAAAGGCUAAAUGCUAUUUUCCUCAAACCAUAACUCAAGAAUAUGAAGUCAUCAAGAAGCUGGACACAUGCAAAGAUUUUGCCUACAAAAAGCAUCCUGACCAGAUCAAGUUUACCCCAGUGUUGGAUUCUCCCGUUUUGCUCCAAGCGCAGAUUAAUACCAAGCAGCUGAGUGACAUGAAUUAUAAAGCUAAACAUGAGGCAGAAAAAUCCAGAUGUUCCAUACCUCCAGAUGCUCCUUUGUUUCUCCAGUCCAGAGUCAAUGCUUAUAAUAUCAGUGAUAAUUGGUAUAAGUAUGACUGGGAUCAAUCCAAAGCAAAGAAGUUUGAUAUCAAAAUGGACGCCAUUCCGAUUCUGGCUGCUAAAGCAAAACAAAAAAUUGCGAGUGAUGUUGAGUACAAAAAGGGUUAUGAACAGAGCAAAGGCAAGUUAAUUGGAGCUCUGAGUAUUGAAGAUGAUCCCAAAAUGAUACAUUGCCAGAAAGUGGCCAAGCAACAGAGUGAUCUGGAAUAUAAAAAAGGUUAUGAAGUAUCAAAGACCAGAUACAUAGCACCGCUGGAUAUGAUUCCCGUUGUACAAGCAAAGAAAGCCCAGGCGAUCAUCAGUGAUACAGACUACAGGCAUCGCAUCCAUGAUUACUCCUAUCCUCCUGACAGUAUUAAUGUGGAGCUUGCCAGGAAGGCUAAUGCUUUACAAAGUGAUACUGAAUAUAAAGCUGAUUACAACACUUGGAUGAAAGGAUGUGGUUGGGUGCCAUAUGGAUCCCUGGAUGCAGAAACAGCAAAAAAAACUUCAGAAUACGUAAGCGAGAAAAAAUACCGUCAGCAUCCAGACACUCUUAAAUUUACACAAAUUGAGGAUCAUCCUACUGUGGUUCAGGCUAAAAUCAAUCAAGCUCAGCGGAGUGAUGUACUUUAUAAAGCCAAAAAUGAAGAAAUAAUUCACAAUUAUAACCUCCCAGCAGAUGCUCCUCAGUUUAUCCAGGCAAAGGUUAAUUCCUACAACAUUAGUGACAUUUAUUACAAAUUGGGCUUGGAAGACCUGAAAUUGAGGGGCUGUGACCUGAGAAGCGAUGCCAUUCCCAUUAGAGCUGCUAAAACUGCCAGACAGGCUGCCAGUGAUUUUGAGUAUAAGAAAGACUAUGAACAAACCAAAGGCAAACUGAUUGGCUUCCGGAGCAUUCAAGAUGACCCCAAAUUGGUCCAUUAUAUGAAUGUGGCCAAGAUGCAGUCAGAGCGGGACUACAAGAAAGCUUAUGAGGAAAGCAAGACUAGAUACAACACUCCACUUGAUAUGGUUAAUGUUGUGGCUGCUAAGAAAGCCCAGGAAAUUGCCAGCAAUACCAAUUACAAGAAUCUCCUGCACCAUUACACAUUAUUGCCAGAUGAUAUGAAUGUGGAGCGGUCCAAAAACAUGAUGCAGAUUCAGAGUGAUAAUCUUUAUAAGGCAGAUUUUAACAGCUGGAUGAAAGGUAUUGGGUGGAUCCCAAUUGGCUCUCUUGAUGCGGAAAAAGUUAGAAAAGCAGGAGAGGCUCUAAAUGAGAAGAAAUACCGACAGCACCCAGGCACUAUUAAAUUUACAAGUAUUGUGGAUUCCCCUGUCAUGGUCCAGGCUAAGCAGAAUGCCCUUCAGCUCAGUGAUAGACUAUACAAAUCCUCCGGGGAAGAAAUGAAGCAUACAUAUAAUUUGCCUGCAGAUGCCCCUCAGUUUAUCCAGGCCAGAUAUAAUGCAGCUAAUAUCAGUGAUAUUUAUUAUAAAUAUGGCUAUCACGACCUCAUCGCCAAAGGACACAAUGUACUGGGUGAUGCCAUUCCAAUUACUCUAGCCAAGGCCUCAAGAAACAUUGCUAGUGAUUACAAAUACAGAGAAGCUUAUAGAAAGACAAAAGGGAAACAUGUUGGUUUCCGAAGCUUGCAGGAUGAUCCUAAGCUUGUCCAUUCUAUGAAUGUGGCAAAGAUGCAGUCUGAGCGUGAGUAUAAGAAGGGUUAUGAGAAGAGCAAGACAUGCUAUCACACACCAGUGGAGAUGGUCAGUAUCCAAGCCGCCAAGCAGGCUCAGGAUGUAGCCUCCAACGUCAACUAUAAACAUCUGCUUCAUCACUAUACCUACCUGCCAGAUGCCAUGAAUGUGGAGCUGGCCAAGAACAGGAUGCAAAUUCAGAGCGAUAUUGCUUACAAAGAUGACUACAACAACUGGUUCAGAGGACUGGGAUGGAGUCCCAUGGGCUCACUGGAUAUGGAAAAAGUUAGAAAAGCUGGAGAGGCAUUAAACGAAUCUAAAUAUCGCCAGCACCCGGACACACUCAAGUUUACAAGUUUGAUGGAUUCUAUGCCAAUGGUUUUGGCUCAAAAGAAUACCAAACAGCUGAGUGAUAUAAACUAUAAGGUAGAGGGUGAGAAAGUGAAACACACAUACCAUUUGGAUCCAGAUGUACCUGAAUUUAUUCAAGCAAAAGUCAAUGCCUACAAUAUAAGUGACGUUUUCUACAAAGCAGACUGGAAAGAACGGCUUGCCAAAGGCUAUGAUCUGAAAGCAGAUGCUAUUCCUAUAGUUGCUGCAAAAGCUUCACGGAACAUUGCCAGUGAUUACAAAUACAAGGAAUCCUAUGAGAAAGAAAAAGGAAAGCAAGUUGGCUUCCUUAGCCUGCAAGAUGAUCCUAAACUGGUCCAUUAUAUGAAUGUGGCAAAACUACAAUCUGAACGUGAAUACAAGAAAGGCUAUGAAAGCAGCAAGACUAACUAUCACUUACCGCUAGACCUGUUCAGUGUAGUGGCUGCUAAGAAAGCCCAAGAAGUAGUAACUGACACAAACUACAAACAACCACUUCAUAAUUACACCCUUCUUCCUGAUGCCAUGAGUAUGGAAUUGUCCAGAAACAGGAUGCAGAUUCAGAGUGAUAAUCUGUACAAAACUGACUUUAAUAGCUGGCUGAAGGGAUUAGGCUGGGUGCCAAUUCAGUCUCUGGAGGUGGAAAAUGCAAAGAAUGCCACUCACAUUCUCAGCGAAAAGAAGUAUCGUCAGCACCCAGACAGACUGAAGUAUACCAUUGACAUGGAUGCCAUGGAACAGGUGCUGGCCAAGCAGAACGCCCAUACCAUGAAUAAGAGGCUGUAUGUUGAAAAAUGGAACAAAGACAAGACUGAAAUUCACGUAAUGCCUGAUACACCAGAUAUACUCCUGUCCAAAGCCAACCAAAUCACCAUGAGUGAUAAAUUAUAUAAGUCUGGCUGGGAAGAAGAAAAGAAGAAAGGUUAUGAUCUAAGACCAGAUGCUCUCUCCAUAAUAGCAGCUAAAGCUUCCAGGGAUAUUGCAAGUGAUUACAAAUACAAGCUGGCCUUCGAGCAAUCGAAAGGAAAACAGAUCGGCUUCCUUAGCCUAGAUGAUGAUCCUAAGCUUGUGCACUAUAUGCAAGUUGCGAAGAUGCAGUCAGAGCGGGAAUACAAAAAGGACUAUGAGAAAUCAAAGACCCUGUUCCACACCCCUGUUGACAUGUUCAGUGUUGUGGCAGCCAAGAAAGCACAGGAAGUGGCCACUGAUACCAACUACCGGAAUAUUAUCCACACUUACAGUGCUUUGCCUGAUUCUAUGAACCUUGAAUUGGCCAAAAAUAUGAUGCAGAUACAGAGUGAUAAUCAGUACAAAGCAGACUAUGAUGAAUUCAUGAAAGGGAUUGGAUGGGUACCACUAGGAUCUCUAGAAGCUGAAAAGAAUAAGAAAGCCAUGGAGAUUGUCAGUGAGAAGAAGUACAGACAACAUCCAGACAAACUGAAAUAUUCUAUUCUAAUGGACUCUAUGCCAAUGGUCCUGGCGACAAAUAAUGCAAAAAUAAUGGAUGAACACCUUUACAAAAAGGACUGGGAAGCAGAAAAGACGCAGAUUCAUAUCACACCAGAUAUUCCUGAGAUUCUUUUGGCAAAAGUCAAUGCAUAUAACAUCAGUGAUAAAAUAUACAAACAUUCUCUGGAAGAAGCUAAGAGGAAAGGAUAUGAUCUCAGAGCUGAUGCAAUCCCUAUUCAAGCCGCUAAAGCUUCUCGAGAGAUCGCCAGUGAUUACAAAUAUAAGUUAGGUUACGAACAGGACAAGGGUAAGCUCGUUGGCUUCCGCAGCCUCCAGGAUGAUCCCAAGCUUGUGCAUUACAUGCGAGUGGCUAAGAUGCAGUCAGAUCGCGAGUACAAGAAAGCCUACGAAAGCAGCAAAACGAUACACAGCACACCUCCCGAUACUGUCAGUAUUGUGGCUGCGAAAGAAGCACAAGCGAAUAUCACCAAUACCAAUUAUAAAAGACUCAUCCAUAAUUAUAUCCUUCUGCCGGAUGCAAUGAAUGUAGAACUGGCCAGAAACAUGAAUCGGGUUCAAAGUGAUUUUGAAUACAAGCAAGAUUAUAAUGAAUGGUACAAAGGGCUUGGUUGGAGCCCAAUGGGGUCAUUGGACAUUGAGAAGUCCAAGAAAGCCACUGAAAUUGCUAGUGACACAAGGUAUCGCCAGCACCCAAGCCUUUUCCCGUUUAAGAAGCUGAGUGAUUCAAUGGAUAUGGAGCUCGCAAAGCACAAUGCUGAUUUAAUGAAUAAGCGUGCAUACAUAGAUGCAUGGGAGAAGGAUAAGACAACGAUUCAUGUCAUGCCAGAUACACCAGAUAUUAUGCUGGCUAAAGCAAAUAAGUUCAAUUACAGCCAGAAAGUGUACAAACUUGGAUGGGAAGAAAUGUUGAAGAAGGGUUAUGAUCUCACUAAUGAAGCCAUGUCAGUGAAAGCAGCUAAAGCGUCCAGAGACAUUGCUAGUGAUUACAAGUACAAAGAAGGCUAUCGCAAGCAAGUUGGCCAUCAUAUUGGAGCUCGUAGUAUAGAAGACGACCCCAAACUUGUGCAUUCUAUGGAUGUUGCCAAGAUGCAGAGUGAGAGAGAGUAUAAGAAGGCUUUUGAGCAAUUGAAGACCAAGUACAGCAGCCCUGUGGAUAUGCUGGGUAUCUUAUUGGCUAAAAAUUGCCAGAAACUGGUCAGCGAUAUUGAUUACCGCAAUUACUUGCACCAGUGGACGUGUCUGCCAGAUCAGAAUGAUAUCAUCCAAGCUAAGAAAGUGUAUGAAAUACAAAGUGAUAAUGCAUAUAAAUCCGAUCUCGAAUGGCUUAAAGGCAUUGGAUGGAAUGCAUAUGGAUCUCUGGAGUCGGAAAAGAACAAGAAAGCUGCUGAGAUUCUGAGUGAAAGGAACUAUCGUCAACACCCAGACACGAUUAAAUUCACAAGCAUUCCUGAUUCAAUGGAAGUUGUUCUGGCAAAAGAAAAUUCAAAGCAUAGAAGUGAUAGACUUUAUCGAGAAGCUUGGGACAAAGAUAAGACUCAGAUUCAUAUCAUGCCUGACACUCCUGAAAUCAUUUUGUCCAGAAUCAACUUAAUUAACUUGAGUGAUAAACUCUACAAAUUAGGAUUGGAAGAACUGAAAAAGAAAGGCUAUGAACUUCCACUUGAUGCCAUACCAAUCAAGGCAGCAAAAGCAUCUAGAGAAAUUGCCAGUGAAUACAAAUACAAAGAGGCAUACCGUAAGCAGCUGGGCCACCAUGUGGGAGCUCGCAGCAUAGAGGAUGAUCCUAAAAUGGUGCAUUCCAUGAAUGUUGCCAAGAUGCAGAGUGAGAGGGAAUAUAAGAAAGACUUUGAGAAAUCGAAGACCAUAUAUAGCACUCCUGUGGAUAUGCUGUCAAUCUUGGGGGCGAAGAAUUGCCAGAAACUGGUCAGUGAUAUCGAUUAUCGUAAUUACUUACAUGAAUGGACAUGUCUGCCGGAUCAAAAUGAUGUCAUCCAUGCCAAGAAAACGUAUGAUCUUCAAAGUGAUAAUAUCUAUAAAUCAGAUCUUGAGUGGCUCAGGGGUAUUGGCUGGUCUCCAAGUGGUUCCCUGGAAGCAGAGAAGAAUAAGAGAGCUUCCCAGAUUUUGAGUGACCACAGAUACAGGCAACACCCUGACACUCUCACAUUUACCAGCCCUCUUGAUUCCUUGCCUAUGACUUUGGCAAAAUAUAACUCAGAACUUAUGAAUCAGCGUAUGUAUGUUGAUGCUUGGAAUAAAGAUAAAACCAGCAUCCAUAUUAUGCCUGACACUCCUGAAAUUCUACUGUCACAACAGAACAAAAUCAACUACAGUGAUAAACUGUACAAACUGUCAUUGGAAGAGGCCAGGAAGAAGGGGUAUGAUCUUCGAGUAGAUGCAAUUCCUAUCAAGACUGCUAAAGCAUCCAGAGAUAUUGCAAGUGAGUACAAGUACAAAGAAGGCUAUCGCAAGCAGCUGGGCCACCAUGUGGGAGCUCGUAGCAUAGAAGAUGAUCCUAAAAUGGUGCAUUCCAUGAAUGUUGCCAAGAUGCAGAGUGAGAGGGAAUAUAAGAAAGACUUUGAGAAAUCGAAGACCAUAUAUAGCACUCCUGUGGAUAUGCUGUCAAUCUUGGGGGCGAAGAACUGCCAGAAACUGGUCAGCGAUAUCGAUUACCGUAAUUACUUACAUGAAUGGACAUGUCUGCCGGAUCAAAAUGAUGUCAUCCAUGCCAAGAAAACAUAUGAUCUUCAAAGUGAUAAUAGCUACAAGUCUGACCUUCAGUGGCUGAGAGGCAUUGGGUGGGUUCCUAUUGGUUCCCUGGAUAAUGAAAAAGUCAGGAAGGCUGGAGAGAUCCUAAGCGAAAAGUUGUAUCGUCAACCUCCAGACAAAUUCAAGUUUACAAGUGUGACAGAUUCUCUGGAAAUAGUUUUGGCCAAGCAUAAUGCUGAAAAUAUGAAUAAGCGUCUGUACACUGAAGCUUGGAAUAAUGACAAGACACAAAUUCACAUAAUGCCUGAUACCCCUGAAAUCACUUUAGCAAGACAAAACAAGAUCAACUACAGUGAGAAUUUAUAUAAACUUUCCUUGGAAGAGGCAAGAAAGAGGGGCUAUGAUUUGCGAAUCGAUGCAAUUCCAAUUCAGUCUGCUAAGGCAUCCAGAAUUAUUGCCAGUGAUUACAAAUACAAAGAAGGCUAUCGCAAGCAACUUGGCCAUCACAUUGGAGCUCAUUGUGUAGAAGACGAUCCUAAAAUUAUGCAUUGUAUGAAUGUUGCCAAGAUGCAGAGUGAGAGAGAGUAUAAGAAAGUCUUUGAGAAACUGAAGACCAAGUAUAGCAGUCCUGUGGAUAUGCUGUCAAUCUUGGGGGCAAAGAACUGCCAGAAACUGGUCAGCGAUAUUGAUUAUCGCAAUUACUUACAUGAAUGGACAUGUCUGCCAGAUCAGAAUGAUGUCAUCCAUGCUAAGAAAGCUUAUGAUCUGCAGAGUGAUAUUUGCUACAAAUCAGACCUUGAAUGGAUUAAAGGCAUUGGCUGGGUCCCUAUUGGUUCACUGAAUGUUGAGCAUGCUAAGAAAGCAGGGGAGCUCCUGAGUGAAAAGAGGUACCGCCAGCCUCCGGAGAGUUUCAGCUUCACCAGUGUGACAGAUUCUCUAGAAAUGGAAUUGGCCAGGCAUAAUGCCGAAACCAUGAACAAGCGGCUGUAUACUGACGCUUGGAAUAAAGAUAAAUGCACGAUCCAUGUCAUGCCUGAUACACCAGAAAUUGUCCUAGCGAAGCUCAACAAAUUAAACUAUAGCCAGAAAUUGUACAGGCUGGCCAUGGAGCAAGCAAAAAAGGAUGGCUAUGACCUGCGCCUUGAUGCUAUCCCAAUUCAAGCUGCCAAAGCUUCAAGAGCUAUUGCCAGUGAUUACAUAUACAAAGAAGGCUAUCGCAAGCAACUUGGCCAUCACAUUGGAGCUCAUUGUGUAGAAGACGAUCCUAAAAUUAUGCAUUGUAUGAAUGUUGCCAAGAUGCAGAGUGAGAGAGAGUAUAAGAAAGUCUUUGAGAAACUGAAGACCAAGUAUAGCAGUCCUGUGGAUAUGCUGUCAAUCUUGGGGGCAAAGAACUGCCAGAAACUGGUCAGCGAUAUUGAUUAUCGCAAUUACUUACAUGAAUGGACAUGUCUGCCAGAUCAGAAUGAUGUCAUCCAAGCUAGGAAAGCUUAUGAUCUGCAGAGCGAUGCUCUUUACAAGUCAGAUCUGGAAUGGCUGAAAGGCAUUGGCUGGGUGCCUCUUGGUUCACUGAAUGUAGAACAUGUCAAGAGAGCUGGAGAGAUCCUAAGUGAAAAGAAAUAUCGGCAACCAUGUGAUGAAAUUAAAUUUACCUCUAUCACAGAUGCUUGGGAUGUAGAAUUGGCGAAGCAUAAUGCUGAGAUUAUGAGCAAGCGAUUAUACACUGAAGCCUGGGAUGCUGAUAAAAUCAACAUUCAUGUCAUGCCAGAUACCCCAGAAAUUCUGCUGGCCAAGGCAAAUUCUGCCAAUAUCAGCCAUAAACUUUAUGUCCAAGGAUGGGAAGAGACCAAGAAGAAAGGGUAUGACCUGAGAAUCGACGCCAUUCCAAUUAGAGUAGCAAAGGCUUCGAGGGAUAUCGCUAGUGAUUAUAAAUACAAAGAAGCACAUGAGAAGCAGAGAGGGCAUUAUGUUGGGCUUCAAAGAUUUCAAGAUGAUCCCAAGUUGGUGUGGUUCGCACAUGCAGGCAUGAUUCUGAGUGAUCUGGAGUACAAGAAGAACUAUGAGAAAUGCAAAGCAAUGAUCCAUAGUCCUGUUGACAUGCUGUCAAUCUUGGGGGCUAAGGAUUGUCAGAAGUUGGUUAGUGAUGUGGACUACCGCACACACUUACAUGAAUGGACUUGCCUGCCAGACCAGAAUGAUGUCAUUCAAGCAAAGAAAGCAUAUGACCUGCAGAAUGAUAAUCUGUACAAGUCAGACUUGGAAUGGCUGCGUGGUAUUGGCUGGAUGCCAGAAGGUUCUGUGGAAGUCCAACGAGUGAAGAAUGCCCAGGAUCUGCUGAAUGAAAGACUCUACCGGCAGCCUCCGGAUUCUCUGAAAUUUACAUCUAUUGUUGACUCCCCGGAUAUUGUCCUGGCUAAGGCCAAUGCUCUGAUGCAGAGUAAGGCUUUAUAUCAUGAACUUUGGGAUAAAGAAAAGACACAGUUCAUCCUUCCAGCUGACACGCCUGAGAUGCUUCUGUCCAAAGCAAAUUCUGUCAACUACAGUAAAAAACAUUACCAACUUGGCUGGGAGGAGGUGAAGAAGAAAGGUCAUGACUUAAGAUUGGAUGCCAUUGAAAUUCAGCAUGCCAAGGCUUCUAGGGAUAUUGCUAGUGAGUACAAGUACAAAGAAGGUUACCGUAAGCAAGUGGGACACCACGUGGGAUUCCGGAACAUCCACGAUGAUCCCAAGCUAGUGCUGGCGAUGCGUGUAGCCAAACUGCAGAGUGAGAGGGAGUACAAGAAAUACUUUGAGAAGUCUAAAACCAAGUACAAUAUCCCAGUGGACAUGUUGUCCCUCUUGUUGGCCAAGAAAUGUCAGAAGCUGGUCAGUGACAUUGAUUACCACCACUACCUCCAUGAGUGGACAUGUCUGCCUGACCAGAAUGAUGUCAUCCAAGCCAAGAAAGCCUAUGGUCUACAGAGCGACAAUCUUUACAAGUCAGAUCUGGAAUGGCUCCGUGGGAUUGGAUGGAUGCCUGAAGGCUCUGUGGAUGUGCUCAGAGUGAAAAGGGCUCAGGAUCUCGUGAAUGAGAGAUUGUACAAACUACGACCAGACGCUCUGAAAUUUACCAGCAUAGCUGACCCACCUCCAGUCAUCCAGGCUAAGAUCAAUGCCCAACAGAUCAGUGAGAACCUGUAUCGUGAAGCGUGGGAUCAAGAGAAGGCACAGAUCCAUCUUCCUGUCGAUACCCCUAUAAUGCUGCAGUCGAAGAUUAAUGCUGUGAAUGUUAGCAAUAAACAUUAUACCGGAGCCUGGGAUGAGGCCAAAGCAAAAGGUUAUGACUUUAAAGUUGACGCUCUUUCAUUCAAGCAUGCAAAAUCUUCCAGAGAAAUUGCCAGUGAGUAUAAAUACAAAGAAACCCACGAGAGACAGAAAGGUCAUUACAUUGGGUGCCCUUCAGUCAAGGCAGAUCCUAAACUUUCAUGGGCUGCUCGAGUAAUGAAGAUGCAAAAUGACCGUCUCUACAAGCAAGCAUACCAGAAUUCAAAAGCCAAGAUCACCAUCCCUGUUGACAUGGUGGCUAUCCAGGCAGCCAAGCAAGGCCAGGCUUUAGCGAGCGACAUUGAUUACCAUCAUUACUUGCACGAGUGGUCUUGUCUGCCAGAUCAGAACGACGUGAUCCAAGCAAAGAAAGCAUAUGAACUUCAAAGUGAUAAUUUGUAUAAAUCUGAUCUGGAAUGGCUCCGUGGGAUUGGAUGGAUGCCUGAAGGCUCUGUGGAUGUGCUCAGAGUGAAAAGGGCUCAGGAUCUCGUGAAUGAGAGAUUGUACAAACUACGACCAGAUGCUCUGAAAUUUACCAGUAUAGUUGACCCACCCCCGGUCGUCCAGGCUAAGAUCAAUGCCCAACAGAUCAGUGAGAACCUGUAUCGUGAAGCGUGGGAUCAAGAGAAGGCACAGGUCCAUCUUCCUGUCGAUACCCCUAUAAUGCUGCAGUCGAAGAUUAAUGCUGUGAAUGUUAGCAAUAAACAUUAUACUGGAGCCUGGGAUGAGGCCAAAGCAAAAGGUUAUGACUUUAAAGUUGAUGCUCUUUCAUUCAAACAUGCAAAAUCUUCACGAGAAAUUGCCAGUGAGUAUAAAUACAAAGAAACUCAUGAGAGACAGAAAGGUCAUUACAUUGGGUGCCCUUCAGUCAAGGCGGAUCCUAAACUUUCAUGGGCUGCUCGAGUAAUGAAGAUGCAAAACAACCGUCUCUACAAGCAAGCAUACCAGAAUUCAAAAGCCAAGAUCACCAUCCCUGUUGACAUGGUGGCUAUCCAGGCAGCCAAGCAAGGCCAGGCUUUAGCGAGCGACAUUGAUUACCAUCAUUACUUGCACGAGUGGUCUUGUCUGCCAGAUCAGAAUGACGUGAUCCAAGCAAAGAAAGCGUAUGAACUUCAGAGUGAUAAUUUGUAUAAAUCUGAUCUGGAAUGGCUCCGUGGGAUUGGAUGGAUGCCUGAAGGCUCUGUGGAUGUGCUCAGAGUGAAAAGGGCUCAGGAUCUCGUGAAUGAGAGAUUGUACAAACUACGACCAGACGCUCUGAAAUUUACCAGCAUAGUUGACCCACCCCCGGUCGUCCAGGCUAAGAUCAAUGCCCAACAGAUCAGUGAGAACCUGUAUCGUGAAGCGUGGGAUCAAGAGAAGGCACAGAUCCAUCUUCCUGUCGAUACCCCUAUAAUGCUGCAGUCGAAGAUUAAUGCUGUGAAUGUUAGCAAUAAACAUUAUACCGGAGCCUGGGAUGAGGCCAAAGCCAAAGGUUAUGACUUUAAAGUUGAUGCUCUUUCAUUCAAGCAUGCAAAAUCUUCCAGAGAAAUUGCCAGUGAGUAUAAAUACAAAGAAACUCACGAGAGACAGAAAGGUCAUUACAUUGGGUGCCCUUCAGUCAAGGCGGAUCCUAAACUUUCAUGGGCUGCUCGAGUAAUGAAGAUGCAAAACAACCGUCUCUACAAGCAAGCAUACCAGAAUUCAAAAGCCAAGAUCAACAUCCCUGUUGACAUGGUGGCUAUCCAGGCAGCCAAGCAUGGCCAGGCUUUAGCGAGCGACAUUGAUUACCAUCAUUACUUGCACGAGUGGUCUUGUCUGCCGGAUCAGAACGACGUGAUCCAAGCAAAGAAAGCGUAUGAACUUCAAAGUGAUAAUUUGUAUAAAUCUGAUCUGGAAUGGCUCCGUGGGAUUGGAUGGAUGCCUGAAGGCUCUGUGGAUGUGCUCAGAGUGAAAAGGGCUCAGGAUCUUGUGAAUGAGAGAUUGUACAAACUACGACCAGAUGCUCUGAAAUUUACCAGCAUAGUUGACCCACCCCCGGUCGUCCAGGCUAAGAUCAAUGCCCAACAGAUCAGUGAGAACCUGUAUCGUGAAGCGUGGGAUCAAGAGAAGGCACAGAUCCAUCUUCCUGUCGAUACCCCUAUAAUGCUGCAGUCGAAGAUUAAUGCUGUGAAUGUUAGCAAUAAACAUUAUACCGGAGCCUGGGAUGAGGCCAAAGCCAAAGGUUAUGACUUUAAAGUUGAUGCUCUUUCAUUCAAGCAUGCAAAAUCUUCCAGAGAAAUUGCCAGUGAGUAUAAAUACAAAGAAACUCACGAGAGACAGAAAGGUCAUUACAUUGGGUGCCCUUCAGUCAAGGCGGAUCCUAAACUUUCAUGGGCUGCUCGAGUAAUGAAGAUGCAAAACAACCGUCUCUACAAGCAAGCAUACCAGAAUUCAAAAGCCAAGAUCAACAUCCCUGUUGACAUGGUGGCUAUCCAGGCAGCCAAGCAUGGCCAGGCUUUAGCAAGCGACAUUGAUUACCAUCAUUACUUGCACGAGUGGUCUUGUCUGCCAGAUCAGAACGACGUGAUCCAAGCAAAGAAAGCGUAUGAACUUCAAAGUGAUAAUUUGUAUAAAUCUGAUCUGGAAUGGCUCCGUGGGAUUGGAUGGAUGCCUGAAGGCUCUGUGGAUGUGCUCAGAGUGAAAAGGGCUCAGGAUCUUGUGAAUGAGAGAUUGUACAAACUACGACCAGACGCUCUGAAAUUUACCAGCAUAGUUGACCCACCCCCGGUCGUCCAGGCUAAGAUCAAUGCCCAACAGAUCAGUGAGAACCUGUAUCGUGAAGCGUGGGAUCAAGAGAAGGCACAGAUCCAUCUUCCUGUCGAUACCCCUAUAAUGCUGCAGUCGAAGAUUAAUGCUGUGAAUGUUAGCAAUAAACAUUAUACCGGAGCCUGGGAUGAGGCCAAAGCCAAAGGUUAUGACUUUAAAGUUGAUGCUCUUUCAUUCAAGCAUGCAAAAUCUUCCAGAGAAAUUGCCAGUGAGUAUAAAUACAAAGAAACUCACGAGAGACAGAAAGGUCAUUACAUUGGGUGCCCUUCAGUCAAGGCGGAUCCUAAACUUUCAUGGGCUGCUCGAGUAAUGAAGAUGCAAAACAACCGUCUCUACAAGCAAGCAUACCAGAAUUCAAAAGCCAAGAUCAACAUCCCUGUUGACAUGGUGGCUAUCCAGGCAGCCAAGCAUGGCCAGGCUUUAGCGAGCGACAUUGAUUACCAUCAUUACUUGCACGAGUGGUCUUGUCUGCCGGAUCAGAACGACGUGAUCCAAGCAAAGAAAGCGUAUGAACUUCAGAGUGAUGCUAUAUAUAAGUCGGAUCUGGAAUGGCUCCGUGGGAUUGGAUGGAUGCCAAGCGAGUCUCCAAUAGUGAAAAGAGUUAAAUUUGCCCAAGAAAUCCUGAGUGACAAUGUAUACCGCACUCCUGCUGACCGUCUGAAGUUCACCAACAUUACUGAUACACCGGACAUUCUCCUUGCUAAAACCAAUGCGGAACAGAUCAGUAUUCCUAAAUACCGAGAAGUUUGGGAUAAAGAUAAAGUUAUGAUCCAUGUGAUGCCUGACACACCUGAAAUACUGCUUUCCAGGGCCAAUGCUAUCAACAUCAGCAAUAAUCUCUACAGGGAAGCUUGGGAUGAUGUAAAGAGAUACAUUGAUUACAGAGCAGAUGCAAUUCCAAUCAAAAGAGCCAAAUCCUCAAGAGAAAUUGCCAGUGAUUACAAGUACAAAGAAGGUUACCGUAAGCAAGUGGGACACCACGUGGGAUUCCGGAACAUCCACGAUGAUCCCAAGCUAGUGCUGGCGAUGCGUGUAGCCAAACUGCAGAGUGAGAGGGAGUACAAGAAAUACUUUGAGAAGUCUAAAACCAAGUACAAUAUCCCAGUGGACAUGUUGUCCCUCUUGUUGGCCAAGAAAUGUCAGAAGCUGGUCAGUGACAUUGAUUACCGUAACUACCUCCAUGAAUGGAUAUGUCUGCCUGAUCAGAAUGAUGUCAUCCAAGCCAAGAAAGCCUAUGAUCUACAGAGCGACGCUGUUUAUAAAUCUGACCUGGAAUGGCUACGAGGAAUUGGCUGGUUACCAAGUGAUUCUGUCUCUGUCAACCAUGUCAAACAUGCUCAGGCCCUUAUUAAUGAGAGGCUGUAUCGUACCAAAGUUGAUAGCCUCCCAUUUACUCCAGUGGCUGACAGGGUUGAUUAUAUCACAGCCAAACAAGGUGGAGAAAUACUAAGUGAUAUUAAAUACCACCAGGAAUGGAAUAAUAUCAAGGACAUUUAUACGCUAACAGAGACACCCCAGUUGCAUGCAGCUAAAGAAGCAGCCAGGAUUCUUAAUCAUCACCUGUACAAGGACAGCUGGGAGAAACAUAAAGCUACCGGCUAUAGUUUGCCUCCUGACAGCGUGCCACUUCGUCAUGCCAAGCAUUCAAAUGAUGUCCAGAGUGAGCUGAAAUAUAAGGCGGAUUACGUCAUCCAAAGAGGCCACUAUGUUGGAGUCAAUAAUAUGAGAGAGGAUCCAAAACUAGUGUGGUUUGAGCAUGCUGGCAAGAUUCAGAAUGACAGAUUAUACAAAGAAUCCUAUCACAAAACAAAGUCCCACAUUCACAUACCUCCAGAUAUACGCUCUGUCAUUGCAGCCAGAGACUGCCAGCACCUUGUCAGUGAAAUUCCGUAUCGUCAUUACCUUCAUGAAUGGACAUGUCACCCUGACCAGAAUGACUGCAUCCAGGCAAAGAAAGCCUAUGACCUUCAAAGUGAUAACCUUUAUAAAUCUGAUCUUGAAUGGCUCCGUGGCUGUGGUUGGAUUCCCUUAGAUUCGGUGGAUCACCAGAGAGUAAAGAAGGCUCAAGACUUAAUAAACAAGAGAAUCUACACAAAGGAAGCCAUUGAUAAUUUUGACAAUUUUACAUCCAUUGAAGAUACUCCAGAUGUGGUUUUGGCAAAGGCAAACUCAAUCAUUCAGAGUGAUCUGAAAUACAAAGAAACCUUCAACCUUCAAAGAGGCCACUACAUUGGUUCUGAUGACACACCAGCCUUGAAUCAUUCCAGACUGAUGGCAAAACUCUAUAGUGAUUUUGUGUACAAGGAUGCCUGGGAAUCGGGCAAGGCUAUUGGUUACACUUUGCCUCCAGACUACAUCCCAAUCGUUGGUGCCAAACAUUCCGAUUACAUUAACAGCCAGCUCAAAUAUAAAGCAACGUAUGAGAAGCUAAAGGGCCAUUAUCUGGCUGGGAAAUAUAUAAAAGACUUCCCAAGUGUGCUUCAUUGUCUUGCUUUCCAAAAAAUACGGAGUGUGUUGGCCUACAGGAAGAAUUAUGAAGACACUAAGGCACACAUUCAUAUCCCAAGCGACAUGAUGAAUCAUGUGCUGGCCAAGAAAUGUCAGUAUAUCCUUAGUGACCUUGAAUACCGAACCCACCUGCAUCAGUGGAACUGUUCACCGGAAGAGAACGAUGUGGUGGUGGCUAAAAAAGCUCAGGAAAUUCUAAGUGAUGUUAUAUACAAGGAUGAUUUGACAUGGCUAAAGGGAAUUGGAUGCUAUGUGUGGGACACUCCUCAAAUCCUGCAGGCUAAGAAGUCUUAUGAUCUUCAGAGCCAACUGAAAUACACAAAAGAAGGGAAGGACAAUUUACAGAACUAUGGCGUAGUUAUGGACACUCCAGUUUAUGUAACUGCUGUCCAGAGUCGUAUCAAUGCUAGUGAUGUGAAAUAUAAAGAACAAUACCAUAAAAUAAAGGACAAAUAUACCACAGUACUGAAAACAGUGGAUCAUGAUAGGAUCCAGAAGCUCAAGCACCUCUUCAGUGAUAACCUAUACAAGAAAAUGUGGGAGAAAAUCAAGUCCAUCACUUUCAGAUUGCCUCCCGAUGCUGUGCCUUUUGUUCGUGCUAGACAGCUGAAGUAUAAUGCCAGUAUUGUGAAAUACCGGGAAGAGUAUGAUAAGUUUAAAGCACUCUACACUCUACCUAGAGGUGUUCAGGAUGAUCCCAACACUGCAAGAUGCUUAAGAGUGGGCAAGCUGAACAUUGAUCGUUUAUACCGAGAAGUCUAUGAAAAGAACAAGGCCAAAAUCCAUAUUGCACCAGACAUGGUGGGCAUUGUGUCAGCUAAGAACACUCAGAAGAAAAUAAGUGAAAUUGAUUAUCGUGUCCAUCUCCAUCAGUGGGCCAGUAUCCCAGAUCCUCAUGCCAAUAUUCUUGCCCGAAAAGUAAAUAAUCAACUCAGUGAUUUUGUAUACAAAGAUGAUCUCAACUGGCUCAAAGGCAUUGGCUGCUUUGUCUGGGACACUCCUGAAAUUCUCCAUGCUAAACAUGCCUAUGAUCUUCGCAAUCAUCUCAAAUACAAGGCUGAGGCAGAAAAAAUGAAGAGCAAGUAUUCUGUGGUCACAGACACACCUCUCUACGUUCAAAAUGUCAUCAGUGGCAAGAAUCUGAGUGAAGCUGUUUAUCGCCAUAAUUACGUGCAUAAUAUCAAAGGGAAAUAUACGCCAACAGACAAGACCGUGGAUCUGGAGCGGGCAAAUCGGGCUUACAAAAUACAGAGUGAACCACUCUACCGGAAUGCUGGCUUGCAUGCCCUUCCCGCUGGAUACAAACUCCCACCAGAUACCCCUGGUUUCAAGCUUGCUAAACAUGCCCAAUAUAUUGGCAGUGAUAUAAAAUAUAAAGAAAUUUAUGAACACAUCAAGGGCACUGGUUACAAUUUUGGGCCCAAAGCUGUUCCAUUUGUACACACAAGGAAAGUCAAUAAAAUCCUUAAUGAGAGACUGUAUCGGGAGACAUAUCACAAAAAUAAAGAUAAGAUUCAUACUACACCUGAUACACCACAAAUUCGCCAAGUAAAAAUAAACCAAGAAGCUUUCAGUGAUCUUAUCUACAAGACUGAUUUCUUCAAGAUGCAAGGACACUUGAUUUCUUUACCAUUUACUCCACAGACUGUACACAACCGUUAUGUUGGAGAAAUUACAAGUGAUAUUAAAUACAAAAGUGAUCUACAGUGGCUAAAAGGUCUGGGCUGCUUCCUGUAUGAUACUCCUGAUAUGGUCCGCGCAAAGCAUUUACGCAAGCUCUGGUCUCAUUAUGUGUACACAGAUGCUGCAAAGAAGAUACGAGACAAAUACUCGGUGGUUCUGGACACUCCCGGGUACAGAAAAAUCCAGGAGCUAAAGACCCAUCUUAGUGAAAUUGUAUACAGAGCUGUGGGUAAAGAGCAGAAGACUAAGUACACAUCAAUCCUUGAUACACCAGAUUUCAAAAGGGCAAAAAGAGGGCAAAAACUGCAGAGCCAGUACUUGUAUGUUGAACUUGCCACCAAGGAAAGACCACAUCACCAUGCUGGAGACCAGACCCCUGCCUUAAAACUUGCUAAGCAUGUGAAGGACUUUGCCAGUGAGAAAAAGUACAGAGCACUGUAUGAUAAACUGAAGGAUAAAUAUGUGACAGUUGCAGAUACACCAAUCCUCAUCAGAGCUAAGAAGGCUUACCUGAAUGCCAGUGAUCUACGCUACAAAGAAACGUUUGAGCGAGCAAAGGGUAAAUACCAUACAGUGAAGGAUGCCUUAGAUAUUGUCUAUCACCGCAAGGUCACUGAUGAUGUCAGCAAAGUGAAAUAUAAAGAAAAGUACAUGAGUGAAUUAGGAUUUUGGAGAUCUAUCCCAGACCGGCCAGAACACUACCACCAUCGUGCAGUCACUGAUGCAGUUAGUAGUGUUAAAUAUAAGGAAGAUUUAGCAUGGCUCAGAGGUGUUGGCUGUGACGUGUGGGAUACUCCUGACCUUGUCCUCGCAGAAAAGAAUAAGGCUCUGUACAGUCCAUAUAAGUACAAGGAAACAUUUGAAAAGAUAAAAUCCAAGUUCAAGUAUGUUGCUGACACUCCAAUUAAUAGGCAUUUUAAAUAUGCCACUCAGUUGAUGAAUGCGAAAUUGUACAAAUCUGAGUAUGAGAAGAAGAAGGAUAAGUAUUCCUUUGUGGUGGAUGACCCAAAAACCUUGCUGGCCAAAUGGGGAGGCGAAUUAAGCAGUCAGUACAAGUACAAAAGGCUGUAUGAAAAGCAGAAGGACAAAUAUACAACUAUUGUGGAUACUCCAGAACAGCUGAGGACUACCAAGGUCAACAAGCUAAUCAGUGAUAUUCUUUAUAAACUGGAAUACAACAAGGCCAAACCAAAGGGAUACACCACUAUUCAUGAUACUCCCAUGAUACUCCACGUACGGAAGGUCAUGGACAGAAUAAGUGAACUGAAGUACAAAGAACUCUAUCAACAGAACAAAUCUCAUUGCAACGUGGUACCAGACUCAGUUCACAUUAAGGCUGCCAAGCAGGCUUACAAAGUGAACAGCAACCUGGAUUACAAGAAGAAAUAUGAAGCAACCAAAGCUCACUGGCACUGGACCAUAGACAGACCUGACUUUAUCCAAGCUGCUAAAACAUCCUUGCAACAGAGUGAUUAUGAAUACAAACUUGACCGAGAGUAUCUCAAAGGAUGCAAGUUGUCUGUAACAGAUGACAAAAACACAGUGUUGGCAUUGCAGAAUGCAAUCUUGGCAAGUGAUUUAAAAUAUAAAGAGAAGCACAACAAGGAACGAGGAAGCAUCCUUCCUGUUCCAGACACUCCCCAGAUCCUUCUUGCCAAGAUGGUUAGCAUUCUUGUGUCGGAGAACAAAUACAAAGAGCAUGUGAAGAAACUCCUACCCCAUGGAUCUUUCACAAAAUUGCCAGAAACACGGGAUACUGUUCAUGUCAAAAAAGUCACCAGUAAUGUUAGUGAGACGAAUUAUAAAAAGAAUUUUCAGAAAGAAAAAGGCAAGUCAGAUUAUUCGAUCAUGCUAGAACCUCCUGAUGUGAAGCAUGCCAUGGAAGUGGCAAAAAAACAGAGCACUAUUGAAUACAAAAAAGAUGCCAAAUCACAGCUCCAUUAUACCACUGUGGCAGAUCGACCAGAUAUCAUGAAAGCCACCCAAGUCUCCCAUUUAGUCAGCGAUAUUGAAUACAAAGCCAAAGGUCGUGGAGAUGCUGGAGUAGGAGUCAGCAUGCUUGGACGUCCAGAUAUUGAACUUGCCAAAGAAGUGUCCAAACUUACUAGCCAGGUGAAGUACAAAGAAAGGUUCGAUAAAGAAAAGGGAAAGAGACCUCGAUACGACCUGAAGGAGAGCAAGAUCUACAAGACCUUAAAAGAUGCUCACCACAUUGCAAGUGAGGUUAAAUAUAAGGCAGAUCUGAAGAAACUUCACAAGCCAGUGACUGAUAUGUCUGAAUCUCUUGCGAUGCAUCAUGUUUUGAACACGAGCCACCUUGCCAGCACUUACCAGUACAAGAAGCAAUACGAGAGGAAUAAAGGUCACUACCAUGUGGUUCCAGAUAACCUUGAACAGAUCCAUCUAAAGGAGGCCUCAGAACUUCAGAGCAUAGUGAAGUACAAGGAAAAAUAUGAAAAGGAAAGAGGAAAGCCCAUGCUGGACUUUGAAACGCCAACAUAUAUCACUGCUAAGGAAGCCCAACAUAUGCAGAGUGAGAAAGAAUAUAAGAGAGACUUUGAAGAGUCCAUUAAAGGCCGGAAUCUUACUGGUUUGGAGAUUACACCAUCUUUACUGCAUGUCAAAUAUGCCACCAGAAUAGCAAGCGAGAAAGAAUACAGGAGAGAUUUAGAAGAAGGUGUAAGAGGUAAAGGUUUAAGCAUUCUGGAAGAGACACCAGACUUGCUUAGAGCAAAGAAUGCAACUUAUAUCUUGAACGAGAAAGAAUACAAGAAAGCACUGGAGAUGGAAAUCAAAGGAAGGGGCCUAACAGACCUUGCACUGGAGACACCUGAUUAUAUGAGGGCAAAGAAUGCCACAGACAUUGCUAGUGAGAUUAAAUAUAAGCACUCUGCAGAAAUGGAAAAAGCCAAUUAUACCACAGUUGUUGACACCCCAGAAAUCAUCCAUGCGCAUCAUGUGAAGAACUUUCCCAGUAAGAAAAAGUACAAGGAGGAGGCAGAGAGAACCAUGCCAUACUAUGUGUCUGUGCUAGAGACUCCAGAAAUACAGCGGGUCCGGGAAAAUCAAAAGAAUUUUAGUAUGCUUCAGUAUCAACAUGAUCUACAGGACAGUAAAGGAAAGGUCACCGUUGUAAAUGAAACACCAGAAAUAUUACGAGUUAAAGAAAACCAGAAGAAUUUCAGCUCGGUUUUAUAUAAAGAUAUCAUUGGAACAGGAACAGCAAUCGAAAAGACACCAGAGACACAGAGAAUUAGAAGAACCACAGAUGCCAUAAGCACGAUUAAGUACAAGGAACACGUUGGAAAAGGAACUCCCAUUCCUGACCUUCCUGAAGUAAAACGUGUCAAGGAAACGCAAAAGCACAUCAGCACGGUUAUGUACAAAGAGAAUGCAGGGCAAGGAACUGCAGUACCAAUUACUCCAGAAAUAGAGAGAGUCAGACGCAAUCAAGAACACGUUAGCUCGGUGUCUUACAAAGAACAUGUGGGCACAGGAAUGGCAACUCCUGUUACCCCAGAAAUGGAGCGGGUCAAGCGUAAUCAGGAGAACAUUAGCUCGGUGAUAUACAAAGAGAAUUUAGGGUCUGGAACUCCAACAACUAUUACUCCAGAGUUGGAGAGAGUCAGACGCAAUCAAGAAAUCUUUAGCUCGGUCCUAUACAAAGAAAACCUAGGGACAGGCACCCCAACUCCUGUCACUCCUGAGAUGGAGAGAGUCAAACACAGCCAAGAAAUCAUUAGCUCGGUGUUGUACAAAGAAAAUGUAGGGAAAGCAACCCCAACUUCUGUCACUCCAGAGAUGGAGAGAGUCAAACGCAAUCAAGAACACAUUAGCUCGGUUUUGUACAAGGAGGACAUAGGGAAAGGAACCCCUACACCUGUCACUCCAGAGAUGGAGAGAAUUAAACGCAAUCAAGAACACAUUAGCUCGGUUUUGUACAAGGAGGACAUAGGGAAAGGAACCCCUACACCUGUCACUCCAGAGAUGGAGAGAAUUAAACGCAAUCAAGAACACAUUAGCUCGGUUGUGUACAAAGAAGAUGUAGGGAAAGGUACCCCUACACCUGUCACUCCAGAGAUGGAGAGAGUUAAACGCAAUCAAGAACACAUUAGCUCGGUUUUAUACAAAGAGGAACUGGGGAAAGGUACCCCUACACCUGUCACUCCUGAGAUGGAGAGAGUCAGACGCAAUCAAGAACACAUUAGCUCGGUUUUGUACAAGGAGGACAUAGGGAAAGGAACCCCUACACCUGUCACUCCAGAGAUGGAGAGAAUUAAACGCAAUCAAGAACACAUUAGCUCGGUUUUGUACAAAGAGGGUUUGGGGAAAGGUACCCCAAUACCUGUCACUCCUGAGAUGGAGAGAGCGAAGCGCAAUCAAGAGUUCAUUAGCUCGGUUCUCUACAAAGAAAAUUUGGGGCGAGCAACCCCAACACCAGUCACUCCUGAGAUGGAAAGAGCCAAACGCAAUCAAGAAAACAUUAGCUUGGUUUUGUACAAAGAAAGCUUGGGAAAAGGAACUCCAACUUCUAUCACUCCGGAGAUGGAGAGAGCCAAACGCAAUCAAGAAAACAUUAGCUCGAUCCUCUAUUCUGAUAGCUUCCGGAAGCAAGUGCAAGGUAAAGCACCCUUCGUCCUGGAUACCCCUGAAAUGCGGCGUGUGCGGGAGACCCAGCGGCACAUUUCCACAGUGAAAUACCAUGAAGACUUUGAAAAGACCAAAGGUAGCUUCACACCUGUAGUCACGGACCCCAUAACAGAACGUGUGAAGAGGAAUACACAGGACUUCAGUGACAUUAACUAUAGGGGCAUUCAGAGACGAGUGGUAGAAAUGGAGCAAAAACGAAUAGAUCAGGAUCAAGAACUGAAUAACUUAACAGGCCUUCGCGUAUGGCGUACUAAUCCUGGAUCAGUCUUUGAUUAUGACCCAGCAGAAGAUAACAUUCAAUCAAGAAGCUUACACUUGCUUGCAGUUCAAGCCCAGCGACGCAGCCGAGAGCAUUCACGUUCUGCCAGUGCUCUCAGUCUCAGUGGCGGGGAUGAAAAAUCUGAGCAUUCAGAGGCUGCUGAUCAGCGCUUGUCAUAUUACAGCAAUGGAGGCUUCUUUCCUACAACUACAACUGUGGGUUACAAACAUGCCAAAACUGUAGAGCUGCCACAACAAAGAUCAUCUUCUGUUGCGACUCAACAGACUACAGUAUCUUCCAUCCCCUCUCAUCCAUCUACUGCAGGGAAGACAUACCGUGCUAUGUAUGACUACACAGCAGCAGAUGCUGAUGAAGUCUCUUUCAAAGAUGGUGAUGCAAUUGUCAACGUUCAAGCCAUAGAUGAAGGAUGGAUGUAUGGAACUGUGCAAAGGACAGGCAAAACAGGCAUGCUUCCAGCCAACUACGUAGAAGCAGUUUAAAUGGAGACCACAUUGACAUGGACAAUAAAAGGGCCCUUUACGCCACAUCAGUUCAGUAUAAUUCUUAACACUCUCCAAAGAGCCUUAUUACUUUCCCUCUCUUGAUACAUGUGAAGAAUUGUGUGGCAUCUAAAACAUUCAGGAAACAUUAUUCAUCCUAGUCAGAAUACCAAUCGGAAAUGUCAACCUACCAACAUCUACCACUAUUGACUGGAUAUUUAAAAGAGAGGCUUUGUUAUCUUAAAUUCAGUAUGUCAUCACCCUUUUAAUCAAGCUGAAUUUGCACAUGAUUCAGUUUAUUUUCAUGAAACAUUGAAUUGUAUUGGUUUAAAUGGUUUUUCUUCCCAAGAGAUGCAGUGAUCACCCAUGAUAGUCUAAACACAGCUGAAUGUAUCAAUUUCUGUUUCUAGCAUACAACACCUCAAACCAGUCAAAAGUGGAAAAGCCUCCCUUCUGCUCUGCUUAGAGAAUGCUGAUGCAUGCAUUUUUAAUCUGUGUGUUCUUGGGUCACAGUGCUAUUAUUCCCUCUCAAAUUAGUGACUAAUAAAUUUCAGUUUCUGCAAACCUA